AUGAAUGGAAAUGAGGAAGUAGUACGGUUGCUCUUAAAUGCAGGGGCUGACAGCAAGGUAAAAGAUAAUAAUGGAAACCUGGCCCUCCACGACGCGGUGCUUUCUGGGCAAGAGGCAGUAGUACGAUUACUACUGGAGAAUGGAGCGGACGUCAAUAUGGGAAAUAAUGUGGGACAAACAGCAUUACAACUUGCAGCCAAAAAUGGGCAUGAAGCGGUGGCGAGGUUGCUUUUGGAGAAGGGAGCAGAUACCAACGCGACGGACUCGUCUAGACAUACGGCUCUACAUAGUGCGGCCAAGAAUGGGCAUGAGGUGGUGGUACGGCUGCUGCUGGAGAAGGAGUCCAGCGUGCGCUGGGAUGAAGGGACGGCACUGUAUUGUGCGGCCAAAAAUGGGCACGAGGCGGUGGUGCGGCUGCUGCUAGAGAAGGGAGCCGAUGUCAACGCUCGGAAAAUGUGCAUGUGGAACAAGGUGACGGCAUUAUAUAGUGCGGCUGAGAACGGACACGAAGCGGUAGUGCGGCUGUUACUGAAGAAGGGAGCUGAUGUCAACGCUUGGAACAAGGCGACUGAGAAGACGGCAUUAUAUAGUGCGGCUGAGAACGGACACGAAGCGGUAGUGCGGCUGUUACUGAAGAAGGGAGCAGACGUUGAAGUGAAGGAUUUUUGGGAGGAAAAGACGGCGCUAUACAAGGCGGCUGAGAACGGACACGAAGCGGUAUUGCGGCUGUUACUGGAGAAGGGAGCAGACGUUCAAGCGAAGGAUCGGCAGGGAAGGACAGCGCUACACUGGGCGGCUGAGAACGGACACGAAGCGGUAUUGCGGCUGUUACUGGAGAAGGGAGCAGACGUUCAAGUGAAGGAUUCUUGGGAGGGAAGGACGGCGCUAUACCGGGCGGCUGAGAACGGACACGAGGCGGUAGUGCAGAUUUUAUUAGAGUCCGGGCCCGACGACUACGCAGCCGCCAGAGAUAGAUUGAUAGCGCUGUACCGGGCGGCCGAGAAAGGGCAUGACGCUGUGGUGCAACUCAUGAAAAUUGUUGGCGUAUGUGGUCUUCCAUUCUACUCUAUGUAA